AUGGAAGAUAACUACAAACCAACUGUGCAGCCACAAAGAGGGCUCAACCCAAUGAUGCACGACGUGGUUAAGAAAGAUGUGAUCAAGCUUCUUGAUGCAGGUACUCACAAGAAAUUGCAACUUCAUGAGAUGGAGGAAUGUCGUGAAGCAGCAUAUGAGAAUGCACGGAUCUAUAAGGAUAGGACCAAGAGAUGGCAUGAUAAAAGUAUUAACAAGAAAGAAUUCAAUAUUGGAGAGAAAGUUCUUCUAUACAAUUCUAGGCUUAAGCUCUUCCUGGGCAAGUUGAAAUCAAGAUGGUAUGGUCCUUUCACUGUCAAGCAGGUACAUCCUUAUGGCGUUGUGGAGAUUUUCAGGGACACUGAAGAACCUUUCAAGGUUAAUGGAUAUCGUCUAAAGCACUAUGAAGAUGGUGGAUUCGAGAAAGGUAACUCAGUCCUUCAGUUGCAUGAGCCGAACUAG